AUGACCCACAUCAUCUACGAGCUGGCAGUAAAUCAAGACAUUCAAGAACGUCUCAGAGAAGAGAUAGAGUUUGCACUUGAAGGCCUGACAGUGGAUGAUGAGAAGUACUACGAGACGGUCACCGGAAAGGACAGCCUGCCGUACCUUGACAGUUGCAUCAAAGAGACACUGCGAAAGUACCCACCACUGACUCGCAUUGAACGUCGUGUCGGCGUUGACGGCUAUCAUCUGACGCCCACUCUGACACUGGAGAAGGACACCGUAGUGCAGGUGUCAACGUACGCCCUUCACCACAAUCCUCAGUACUGGCCCGAUCCUCAACGUUUUGAUCCCGACCGUUUUAGCGCAGAAAGAAGACAUACCAUUCAGCCGUACACCUAUUUGCCUUUCGGAAUAUUGGCAUGCGAUUUGCCUACCAGGAAAUUAAGCUGUGUCUGA